AAAUGUUCAUAACAGUUGUUUUGUAACGGGUUUUGUGGUUUCCAGCUGCAGGUGUCAGUCAGACAACAGGGUCUCGUCUUGAGUCAAACACUCGCAUUAUGCAGGGCCACACAGUCCAUCCAGCAUCCUGUGUGCUGCCCGGCUUUUACAAGUGAAAGACAGUACAGAAGUAUGCCAACCCACGGGAUUGGGAGGUGGAAAUAUCUUUUACCCAAACAGGCGCCCAAGAAAAAGAAGGAUAAGAUCCAGAUGAAACAGAUGUUUGCAGCCACAGAUACGGCGUACGGGACUCUGAACGUGAACGUGUCGGGUUACGACAUGACGGUGGUGGAGCACUACUCCCAGUACAUCCACAACGUCUGCAACCGGCUCGGCAUCAACGUGGCAGAGAGCUAUGCUUUGCCAACCAAGACCACCGAGGUGAUGCUGAUGCAAGAACAAGGCACCAAGACGUACGUCGACGCCGUCCUGAAAACCCACGAGCGGGUCGUCCAGCUGAGCAGCCUGAACACUGCGAUGUGUCCCGUCUUCAUGGACCUUCUUCUCAAGAACCAACCGGAGGGCGUACAGCUCUCUGUAAAGGAGCACACCGAAGGAGAUUUCCAAGCGCGGUUUAAGGCGCGUCCGGAGCUGGAGGGACUCAUGGCUCAGAUAAGCUAUUGAAACUGUCUCAAGGUCCAGCUUCCUGACUCCAGCUGGCUGUUUAUUUAUUAAACGUCUUUCCUAUCAAAUACUGAAAAACAUUUAAGUCAAUGUAAACUAUAAAUCCAUUUCUUUA